AUGGUAAAGAAAAAGCCUGGGCGUAAAAAAGCUCAAUGCCCAAACGAUUACACAACAGAAAUCAGCAAAUUCAUUGACCCUACCAUUGAAUACUCCAAAGAAAAAAUUUGUCUUAUCUCAAAACCUAAAAAAUAUGAGCCCUCUGAAGCUGAAAAUUUUUCCCUUCCAUCUCGCCACCACUACCAAAGUAUCAUUGAUUUCACAGCCAAAAAAUCCAGUGAGCACAUAGAAGAUCCUCUAACUACCCAAGAAAUUGAAGAAGGCACAAAACUUGCGAGAGAAAUUGUUGACAAAUUUGCAUUAUCAGGCCCAGAAUAUGAGCUAUCCAAAGAAGAGCUAUCCCAAUUAAUGAAAAGUAAAGUAACUCUUGGCCAUGCGUUAAAAACCAUAAACGAAAGCUCAUUUAGAGAAGAAUUUAUUAAAUUCCUUGGAAAAUACCAAACCACAAAUAUCAAUGAUCGUCAGACUAAAAGAGGUAGCAACUCUUCAAUAAUUAGUAAAAAUUGCCGCAUUAAAAUUAUCAAGCAAUAUUUAAAAGACAAAAAAAGCCGUGAUAUAUGCAAAAAUCUUUACGGGCGCAUUUCUGUUCGUCUGAUAGAUGAAUUUAUAGAAUUUUAUAACUUAAAUGGUGAAAAAGCAAUAACAAUGGAUUUCAAGCCUAAAAAGUCUCAUAGACUUACUGAGGAGCAAUGCAAAUUUUUAUGUGAUCUUACAGAAGAUCCUAAUAAUAUAGGAUUAUCUCUAAAAGAGAGGAAACAUAUAUUAUGCAACCAUUUCGGAAUUAAAGCAAAAACUGACGACAUCAGAGAAGUUUUAAAAGAAAACGGCUACUCAAUGAAAAGGCUAAGAUCUGUAGUCCCAGAAGCUGAUAAUAUUCCUCACAAAAACGCAAGAUGUAGGGUAGCCCAGCAACUCAUUUAUUUUCUGCAUUCAGGAAAAGAGCUGAUCAGUGUUGAUGAAACUCAAGUCACAAGAGGUGACAAUCAAGUAUAUGGCUGAAGCAAAAUCGGAAUAAGAGCUACGCAAGUUGCCCAGAAAAAAGGGCGGCCUUUGCAUAUUAUUGCUGCAAUCUCUAAAGAUAAAGUAAUUGGCUAUAUGAUUAGAUAUGUAAGAAUCGAAAAGCACAGUUAUAAGCACUUUUUGUAUUGUUUAUUUGAAAAAUUAAGGGAAAUGGACCCAGCAAAUUAUAAAGAAAGAUUUUUUGUUCUGAUGGAUAAUGCUGGAGCCCACAAGCAUAAAGUUGUGAAGGAUUUUUUGGAGAGCCAAGAUAUUACGGUCAUGUGCAAUGCACCAAUGACGCCACAGCUGCAGCCAAUUGAGUUUGUUUUUUCCAUUUUUAAGCACAAUUUGAGGAAGGUGCAGCUUUUUGACGAAGAAGAGCUGUUUUGAGCUGUUUAUCAGAGUUUUAGAAAAAUAACACCAAGGCAGCUGCAUAAUACUUAUCUGCAUACAAUGAGGGCGUAUGAAUCAGGACUUAAAUACGCUGAUUUUCAACAUAAUUGUAACCCUUAUGUAACUGAUGGGAAAAUUAGGAGAAGUGGAAAGCUUCUAAGUCAUAUGAUAAACUUCGAGAAGCUUAUGGAUAAAGAUUGGAAAAAGGUCCAAGAGGGAGUUUUAACUGAAUAA